AGUGCGAUGUUUCUCGGCGUGAGUGUCAGUCUUGACGGUGUACUUAAACAAUAAAGAAAUAGUUGUAAAAGAAGUUAAUUAAUAAAGAGACUAGGUUUAACUAUUUUGAAAGUUGUGUUUUCAAAUUCAAAUGAGGUUUUUCAUGAAAAGGUGAAGGUGUGUGUAUCUCUCUCGUUUCUUUUGGGAUUUUGCCAGGCGGUAGAAAACGGCAGACGCUAGGUGUAGACGCUAGAAAACGCCUGGAGCUACCAAACGCUAGAAGACGCCUAACCACACUUCUGAAUAUUUUUUCGUGUAUCUUCGUGCUGCACACCUGCUCCCUGAAGAUCCUGCUGUACAGCUCCCUGAAGAUCUGCGAUUGACCGAGCGAACUUCCUGGGAUUGUGAGCUCUUGCGGGUUAAUUACUUCUAUAUAUGUAGUUGCUGUCUGGUACACAUCGUUUACGUGAUUGUGAUCUCUCGGACUAGCGAUUACCUGUGGCGGGGAAGAUGGCGGCUAGUGGCAAAAAGAUCGUCCUUUUUGUUAAGGCUCAAUAUAUUUCAUUUGUUUUCUACGCCUCACAUCUUUCUCUGUUUUCUUCUUAGGAUUGGGAGAAAUGUAGGCAAGGAAUAUGAAUUGCCUUGCGCUCUAAAUUUGACGUGGAUGGGACGCUGACGAAGGCACGAGGGACGAUAGAUCAACCAAUGAUAGAUGCUUUGGCGAGACUAAGGGAAAAAGUCAACAUUGGCGUAGUGGGCGGCAGCGAUAUGAGCAAGCAGAAGGAACAACUUGGUAUCAAAUUUAUUUAUACUGUGGGAUCUGAGCAAGCAGAAGGAACAACUUGGUAUCAAAUUUAUUUAUAGUGUGCGAUAUGAGCAAGCAGAAGGAACAACUUACUUGGUAUUAAAUGUUUAGUGUUGUACUUAGAAGAAGCGGUCCUGCUAGAAGGUUUGAGUGUGUCUAUCCCUUCUAUUUGGGCUGAUGAUUUUUGACCCUUUGUGGCCUUGAGGUAAGCUUUACGUAAGACUAGCUGCAAGGAAAAGUAGGUUUGCGCCUUCGUAAGAUAUGCAUCGUGGUAUUCUAGUAGGCUUCCUUUAUCAUACCCCAUUUUUACCGGUAUUUAGCUAAAAAAAAAGGUCCCAACACAUUGUCGAUGUUCGAUUACAAUUUUGCGGAGAACGGUGUGGUAGCGUACAAAGACGGGAAGCUGAUAAAUGAAACCAGUUUUGCGAAGUUUUUGGGAGAAGAUAAGCUGAAGAAACUCAUAAACUUCUGUCUCCACUACAUUAUGAUUGGGUUAGAAAUGUCUGUCUUCACAACUACAUGAAGAUUUGAUUCUCUAGUAAAGACCCACCUUAAAAAAAGUAGUUUCGUGUCUCUAGUAGACUUCAAUUUAAAGAUUCAUGUAGACUACAACGAUGGUUCAUGGCUUCAUAUUGCAUCCUUAUUUUUCACAACCAUCAAUCUUGUUGUCAUUGAAGCUACCACGAAUCGCGGCCGCAUUGCAGCUGCGAUGUUGCAGUGCCUUUUUCACAAGUAUCCUUUUCAGUUGUAGCUGGGUACAUCAAGGAGUAUCAAUGCGCUCUCUGAAAGAGUCAACAAGAGACAACGGGCUUAAUAGUUGAACUAACAGAAUGCAAAAAUAGUGUACUACCUAUUGCUAACAACAUCGCGGACUUGGAUUUACCUAUAAAACGGGGAACUUUCGUUGAAUUUCGUACAGGAAUGAUCAACAUCUCGCCCAUCGGACGUAACUGCAGCAGAGAAGGUAGAAUCUACAAUUCCAGGAGUGCAUCUAGUGUGGUGAUAAGGAUAACUUCUUGUUUUUGCAAGAACCACGCAGCAUUUUUAGUAUCGCCUUCUUCUUGUAGUCCUUGUAGUACCAUGAGUAUCUUUUGCAAGUGAUAAGUGAACAGGCCAACGCCUAAACCACUAAGCCAACUGCGCUCAACAGCUCUUGCUUCUAGGUCUUCACUCUUACGAGUCACAUUCGUUCAACAGGCACUCAUCCUACCACUUCACACAGUCAUCCUUUCACUUCCAGUCAUCCUUUCACUUCCAGUCAUCCUUUCACUUCCAGUCAUCCUUUCACUUCCAGUCAUCCUUUCACUUCCAGUCAUCCUUUCACUUCGCUGAACUGCAAGAAAUUAGAGUCCCCAUAACAUCUUGGAGAGAUGCAAAUCGGCAGCAAAUAGUGUGCAGAAAAUGCAAGAAGUGGCACAUCGACUACUCAGAGGACAUGUCCCUAAAAGCCAAAGCAAAAAGGGUUGAAAUAAUGCGCUCACACGAAGCAAGAUGCGCGAAGAAGUAGAGUAGUAGAGAAGUAAAGACUGCCUAACCCCAAGAGUGGGUACAUUCACUUCACUUUACUUCACUUCACUUCACUUCACUUCACUUCACUUCACUUCACUUCACUUCACUUCACUUCACUUCACUUCACUCAUGCUUUCUUUCCCUUCCUCCCAUUCUUCUUCGCUUAUCGAUCCUCUCCCCCCCUGCCUCCCUCCCUUCCUCACAUCGUCUCACCCAUCCUCUCACUGAUCCUCUCACUCAUCCUUCCUCCCUCAUCCUCUCACCCAUCCUCCCUCCCUCAUCCUCUCACUCACUCAGUUAAUCAACAUGCCUAUGAACUACCUACAACAGAGAGAAACGACUACGAGAAGUUCGACUUGGAGCAUGGGAUACGGAAGAAGUUCGUGGAAACACUAAAAAGCGAAUUCGCGGAUUAUGAAUUGACUUAUUCCAUAGGUGGCCAAAUUAGUUUCGACGUGUUUCCGACUGGUAUUCCUAUUCCUAUUCCUAUUUACUAAGUACGUUGUACUAAUUUUUUAUAGAUAUUUUGUACUGGUGCGUGUUUGUACUAGGGUGACUUGUUGCUUGCUUCUGUUGUAGCAUAUAAUACUGUGAAAUUAUUGUACUAUCUAUAGCUCUCAAGCCUAAGACCAACCUUCUAUCACUAACCUAUGCGCCUCAGUGGAGGUUGCAUAGCUGAUUGGACUGUAAAAUUGUUGUAUUAAAUGUAUCCUUGAUUGGACUUGUAACAGCCAUAACCCCCUUCUUGCAUAACGACCAUAACCCCCUUCUUCCAUAACAACCAUAACCCCCUUCUUCCAUAACGACAGGUUGGGACAAAACAUAUUGCCUUCAAUUUUUGCGAGAAGAGUACGGAGAAAUACACUUUUUUGGAGAUAAGACGUUUCCCGGAGGCAACGAUUACGAGAUAUCUACGCAUGCUAGUGUCCAAGGACACACCGUGACGGCGCCAGAGUUAUGGUCAGGGUAUGUAUACGGUGCGAGUGAAAUCAUAUCCUAUCUGAUACAAUGCUACUGUCUCUAUACUUUUUGAAGAGAGCUUUUAUAAGUAUUCGAAAACUCAAAAUAACCGAGUUACUGACUGAAAUAAGGGAGGUAGCUGAACAUCAAGGCUACUCUUCCUUUUCAUGAGUAUCUCGCGUAUUCUGAUCAGUUACUUGCUUAUUUCAGUUUUUCGAAUAGUAGAACUUUAAACAAAGUAGAACUCGAGGGUACAGGUUUGCCCUGUGGACCGAGAGUCCUAGUGCCCUAUCCCAUGCUAUCUCAGCAUGAAUGGUGGAGGAAAUCUCCAUCUGACCCCUUCCCUACCUGUAGCGUUUCUGACGUACGUACCACGUGCUCCUGACUGAUUCUAUCUAGAAGUAUGCGGCCUUCUGUCUUACUGAUCUAGAAGUACCACCGUCCACGCUCUAAUAAAAGAUACCAUGCAACAGCUUUCAGAACUGUUUGGAAUAUAGCUGGAGAACUGUUCUUUGGAAUAUAGCGAUUCAGGCGAGAUGGCAUGACCUGGUAUGGCAUGAAAUGGACGUCGGAAUUUCGAUUUAUGUCGAGGAAAGGGUGAGCAUUGUCACGUCCACCGUCAUCAGCAGCAUCAUGCUGUCAAGAGUACUCGUACCUGGCCUCAUGAUUUGGUCAACUCGUACAACUAGCUCUAUAGAUGAAUUCAAACUUUAUAAUUUUACGUUGGUACUAACUAACGAGAACAACAACGACGGUUUGUUCUAAUGUUUCUCAGAUGACUACGCUCAGUCAUAACAGAGACACACACAUGACAGUGAC